UACUAAUGAAUGCAUAGCGUUGGACGUCUAAUUUCCUAUGUAUGGGGUGGGACCUGGCCUCGGCUGUGCAAUUGAUCCGAGGCUACAUAGCCUAGGAUAUAUUGACUCCGCACGCAUCUUGUUUAAGGACAUCCACAGAUCAUCCAUACAAGUCUAACGGCAAUAUGCAGUCAGAAUCCGAUCCAGUUCUUGUUAGAUCCACUAAUGAAGGAAUUACCACCAUAACAAUCAACCGGCCCUAUCGAAGAAACGCCGUCGAUCCAAGCACGGCACAGAUUCUCUAUGAAAAGAUUCUAGCCUUCGAAAAUGAUCCCUCACAGAAAGUCUGCAUCCUUACGGGAGUGGGCAGUACAUUCUGCGCUGGUGCCGACCUUCACGAAGUAGCUGGACAGGGCAAUAGCGAUAAAGCGACAAAGGGAGGACGGGGCCAUUUUCAAGCGCCACCAAAAUCCGGCGAACGCUCUCUCGGGCCGAUGGGUCCAUCCCGGCUCCACAUCCAGAAACCUAUCAUUGGAGCUGUCGCUGGGCAUGCCGUGGCCGGUGGAUUGGAGUUAAGUCUACUCUGUGACAUUCGCGUGGUGGAAGAGGAUGCUGUAUUUGGUGUUUUCUGCAGGCGAUGGGGGGUUCCACUUAUCGACGGAGGCACCGUGCGUCUCCAGGCGAUUGUUGGAUUAGGUAGAGCGCUUGAUAUGAUAUUGACCGGGCGGCCAGUUAGUGCGACCGAGGCUUUCUCGAUGGGUUUGGCAAAUCGUGUUGUAGCCAAGGGGAAAGCGGUGGAGGAGGCCACUGCUAUCGCGAAACAAUUGCUGUCGUUUCCGCAGCUUUGUAUGAACACGGACCGUGGUUCUUGCUAUUAUAGUGCGUAUCAGGCUAGUUCGUUCCAGGAUGCCCUGAGACAGGAGUAUGAGAAGGGUGUGGAGGUUUUGGACCUUGAGAGUAUUAAAGGAGCCACAAAAUUUAGUCGCGGUGCAGGGAGGCAUGGGAGUUUCAAGAACAGUUCACAUCUUUAGUUCACUUAUGCAUGUGGACAAGUGGAUCUGUACAACCUGCGUUCCGCAGAGUUGUGAUAGUUGAUUUCCGGUGUCCAGAAUAAUUAUACUUCAAAGCUUUUCCUAUUUUGAUUGCAGCAGCCCUUGAGGGAGGCUAUGUAUUGCUCUGCUGCCUGAGCUCAUUGAUGGGAAGUAGAUGUGCCAGGCCUGCCGGGAAACUUCCUGUUGGAGCUGAUCUAGUUGACCGUUGAGAAUUAUAUAAACCCCCGUGCCCCAAAGCAUGCAGUGAAGGGAUGGGCCCAGCAACUAAUUUGGAUCAUGAUCCACUUGCCGUACUGCGCCAUAAGGUGCUG